UGGCUAAUUUAUUAGUAAUCUGCACAACGUGAAGAUCAAGGGUGAAAAGGAUGACUACAUUUUUAAAACACAGGCUUUUGUUAGAACAUGUCUAUUAUUUUGGAUAUCUAACGUUAUUAGCUAAUGCUAAAGAUGCCAAAGCUUGCUAGCUAGCUAACCAGUUUGAUCUUAUGUUCUAAAAUGCACAUGCACCUCUUCCCAUUUUAGGUAAUAAAAUGAUCUCAUUUGCAUUGAAGAGGCAAUUGAAUCCCUGUGUGGUAAGUAGAAACAUUACAUCAGUUCCUAUUAUGACACCAUCAUAUUGGUCUAUCUGUCCUUGCAACAAAUAAACCCUACUGAGAAAUGCUUUCCGCAACACUGUCUUUUUUACACCCAGGGUCCAACAUGGCAAUCUCUGCAACGGGUACUCUGUGGGUCCAGCUGCACAGUGAAGAGGGAAUGUUUUUACACCAGUUCCAACCACUUGAUGGCUCCACAAGUUUCCAUGGCGACUUCGCUACUGUUCCAGAGACUAGCCUCCUCCAGGUUUCUGACCCUCAGGUUCCUGAGCUGCUCUGCUUCUUUGCUCUGCCAGGGGCACCCCGCUCCUGGGAGAGGAGAGGACCAACAGCGCCUCAGCCUGAAAGCCCUGGCCAAUGCGCCCAAGCAUGCUUUGUACCUUGGCCUCUCUCGGCCUCCUUCCAUUCCUGGGUGCCCCCCUGCUGAUGGCUGUGACCCAGUCCUACCUCCCUAA